AUGCAUAUGAUCGGAGCUGAGGUGGGGUCCCACUCAAACUGGCACAGGAUUAGAGGCAGAAGGAGAAUAGGGAGAGGAGAAAUAGUGAUCAUCCUGAUCUUAACAACAGGGAUAGGGAUAUCUAACGAAAAAUUGCAUGUAAAGUGGAAGAUUUUGGAGUACAUUCAGAUUCAGCUCCAUAUGGUGAUAAAGAUGCCCUCAAAAGUUGCUGAUUUAUUUGGGAAGCAUGCAGAUCUUAUGGAAGGAUCCAGUGCAUUUUUGGAACGUUGUGAAAACAUAGGUAGAUAUAGGAAACAUCAAGGAUUGGCUGCAGCUAUUCUAAAGCUUUGGGAGAAAUGUGAGAUUGCAAAGAUUGUUGUUAAGAAAGGAGUACAAAAUACUAACACUGAGCUAAUGGCUAAAGAGUUGCAGUGGUUAACUGGGGGAACCCUGAUUACACGCGAUAAGGAGUAUAUUGUUCUUUAUAGAGGUAAAGAUUUCCUCCCAUCUUCAGUUUCUUCAGCAAUCGAACAGAGAAGAAAGCAUGGAUACCCAAUUUCUUCAAAAGAUCGGUUACUCCAGAGACUCAAAUCAGAUGUGUCGCCAAGAGCCUCGUGUUCUUCUACACAUACAAAUUUGAGUGUAAAAUUCCAGAGUCAUUGUAGCAGGGACUAUAGAAAUCCUAUGCUUCUUGUUGCAUCUUCAGCAAUAGAUGCUACUGGUAUUUUCUCUUUUGGGCAUGUUUUAAAGAUAGCAAUGUUUGACAAAAAUGGUGGAGUUCAAGCUCUAAUUCAAUACUCUGACAGCUAUUGUAGCCAAGGAAGCAUUGGAAGGACACUAUAUAUAUGA